UAAAACCAUGUAUAAAUGCAGCACCUGAGCUGGGAGGAGGCGGUGGUUGAUGCCAGUUGCCUAAAAGCUGGAGUCAGACUGCAGUGUGAGGGUCAAGGAGCACCCGCAACAUCAUCAGCGGUAGAUCAAUCCCCGUUGGGAGAAACGGGCAUUUCCCACACGAUUUCCAUGGACAGGCAGAUCCCUGAUGCCAAAGAGGAUGGAUACCCUGACAUGCAAGAAGCAGGAAUUCUGCUGUGCAGUUCAGAGCCACCAAGGCUCUCUCAAGGCAAGUGUGAUAGCUGCAGAGAAAAGUGCAAGAGAAGCACAGUAAUGAAGAUGGUAGGCAGCCAAAAACACGGCACAGAAGAGGAAGCUCGGGAAACAUCCAGAUUUCAACACAAGACCCUGACGGCACCUGCUCCGUUUGCUGAUGAAACAAGCUGUCAGUGCCAAGCUCCCCAUGAGAAACUAACCAUUGCACAAGCCCGCCUGGGAACUCCAGUUGACAGACCUGUCAGAGUAUAUGCAGAUGGGAUUUUUGACCUCUUCCACGCUGGCCAUGCUAGAGCUCUUAUGCAAGCCAAAACUCUAUUCCCAAAUAGCUACUUAUUAGUAGGAGUUUGCAGUGAUGAUUUAACUCAUAAAUUCAAAGGCUUCACUGUGAUGAAUGAAACGGAGCGAUAUGAAGCCCUCAGACACUGUCGUUACGUGGAUGAGGUCAUCAGAGAUGCACCCUGGACACUGACACCCGAGUUCCUUGAAAAACAUAAGAUUGACUUCGUAGCCCACGAUGACAUCCCGUACUCUUCCGCUGGCUCGGAUGAUGUAUACAAACACAUAAAGGAGGCAGGAAUGUUUGUGCCAACACAGAGAACCGAAGGUAUCUCCACAUCAGACAUCAUCACAAGGAUUGUCCGGGACUACGACGUGUACGCCCGGCGCAACCUCCAACGGGGAUACACCGCCAAAGAGCUGAAUGUCAGCUUCAUAAGUGAGAAGAAAUACCGCUUUCAAAACCACGUGGACAAAAUGAAAGAAAAAGUCAAGAAUGUAGAGGAAAAGUCAAAAGAAUUUGUUUACAAGGUGGAAGAGAAGAGCCAUGACCUCAUUCAGAAAUGGGAAGAAAAGUCCAGGGAGUUUAUUGGCAACUUUUUAGAGCUGUUUGGACCUGAUGGAGCUUGGAAGCAGAUGUUCCAGGAACGAAGUGGCCGAAUGCUCCAGGCUUUUUCUCCCCGGCAGAGCCCAAACAGCAGUCCCACACGAGGCCGCUCUCCAUCCCGCUCUCCAUCUCCACCUUGGGUCAUCAAUAAGGCCUCCCCUCCCUCUUCUCCAAAAGCUGCCUCUGCCUCCCUCAGCAGCAUGAGCGAGGGAGAUGAGGAUGAAAAAUAAAGAUAUAUUUUUUUAACCAUGAGACAGAAGAACAAGCUAUGGACUCAGCCACUGGAUGGGGAGAAGCGUGAGGAACACCAGGGGUAUCUCUGACAGCAGGGAUCGUGCUCUGGGAGAUGUUGAAAACUAACUGGAGCACAGCAAGGGAGAUCUCAGGAAGAGCUUAUCCCAUCCCCACUCCCUGGCGGUGCUGGAGGCCCAGCCAGCAGCGCCUGCCAGACACAGCACCAGGGAAUGACAAAAAUACACCUGUGUGCCAGGUCCUGUCCCUCUUGUGCUGCUUUACAGCCGCUGCUCCAGGCCAGGCCGGCGGGAGCUCUGCACCGAGGGGGGCUGGCAGAGGAGCCCUGCUAGCUCCUGAUCCCGGCCCAGCACACAGGCACGUGUGGGCUGCAGCCUAUGGAUGGAGAAGAUGCAGUUGUACCAGACCCUGCUGACCUUGAGCUCUUCUGGCACAUGAAAGAAUGGCUUUGCUGCAGCAAAUACAUUGAGAAACAGGGAAUAAAGUUUUACUUUUUUUUCUUCUCGAAUAACAUCCGCCCCAGAGCCCAAACCAUACCACUGAAAUGGAGAGGUCUCCAGGCGAGCUGAUGGAAAUCCAUUUAAUAUAUUCAGUGCUGCUUGUUGACUGA